GAGAGAGAUAAAGCUGGUACAUUGGGUGGCAAACGAACAGAAAAGAGGUGAAAAGAAAAGAAAGUUGCAGCUGACAGCAGACAAGAGCAGAGUAAUGGAGCCCCAAGAGAUCAGAGAGGGAUACUUGGUGAAAAAGAGAACAAGUCGGUUUGAGGAUGUGUGCCACAAAUGGGGGACACAGCUGUGUACAAGGUACAGUGCUAAACUCCUGGAAGGUAGUGUGGGUGGUGCUGUCAGACGAUGGGGUGGAAUUCUAUAAAAAGAAAACAGACCAGUCUCCCAAAGGAAUGAUCCCACUAAAGGGAGCAACACUCCUCAGUCCUUGCCAGGAUUUUGGCAAGAGGACGCUGGUUUUCAAACUUACCACUGACAAGAAGCAGGAUCACUUCUUCCAAGCCUCACAUGUGGAGGAGAGAGAGUUUUGGGUCAAGGACAUCAAGAGAGCCAUUACCUGUCUACAGGGGGGGAAAAAGUUUGCCAGGAAGUCCACAAGACGAUCCAUUCGCCUGCCUGAAACAGUAAACCUGAAUGAGCUGUACACUCUGAUGAAAGACCAGGAUGAUGGAGUGAAAGAGCUGAAACUGGAGCAGGAGAAUCGAGUCUUCAACCACUGUUUCACCGGUGCAACAGUGGUGGAGUGGCUGAUUUCAAAAGAGAAAGCAAGAAAUAGGCCUGAGGCCCUUAUGCUGGCAACAGGGCUCCUGAAUGAGGGUUUUCUCCAGCCUGCAGACGACCUGGCUAAACAGGGAGCUGAGAGUGGAGAGCAAACAACCUUCUUAGAUCAGACGAUGGCUCUUUACUACUUUGCAGACAGUGGGUUCUUCUGUGAAGGCUACUCAAGUGAUGAAGAUGUGCUUCUGAAGGAAGAAUUCAGAGGAAAUAUCCUAAAACAAGGGUGCUUACUCAAACAGGGACACAGGAGAAAAAACUGGAAGGUGCGAAAGUUCAUACUGAGAGAUGACCCUGCUUAUUUGCAUUAUUAUGAUCCCACAAAGGGUGACGACCCUCUGGGCUCGAUCCAUCUCAGAGGGUCUGUGGUUACAGCUGUGGAGUAUGUGCCUGACGCCAAAAAAUACGACAUUGACGGCAACCUCUUUGAGAUCAUCACCUCAGAUGAGGUUCACUACUUCCUCCAAGCUGCUACAGGAGAAGAAAGAAAGGAGUGGAUCAAAGCAAUACAGGCAGUGUCAAAAAGUGGAAAAUAACAGGAGAAGCAGAGCAGCAGUGAAAUAUCUGUGGCUGAACCUGCUGAUUGUAAAAAAAAUAAAAAACUAAUACUGUAUAUCUGAGAUUGUAUUUAACAGUGUGUCAGCAAAGUAAAACUAAAUAUCGUAAUAUUGUGCUGUGUCAUUCUAGAACAGGCAAGUUUCUGACCUCUAUACAUUAUCUGACUAUAAUGUUUUUUGUUCAGUACAUAACUAAUGUAAGUGAAAUAAAAGUUCUGUUGUCUAAAUGUAACAGUAUAAAGUUUUAUCAGUAAUGCCUAAUCACAUCUUUAUAUACAAAAAAUGUCACAGUGUUGUGAUGUGUGGCAAUUUAUUGUUAAACCGGUAGCACUUAACAUUCUAGCUCAGUAAUAACAAGGUAAUAAGGCAUGACAUCUCAGUUAAUAGCAACAAUGGUCUAAUGUCUUGUAAUGAUGUUUUAACCACUAUUAUCCUGUAACAUGAUAAUAUUUAAACCCCAUUAUUAUUAAGAUAUUACCAGGCCCUUACCUGUGUAAUUACCAUGUUAAUGCUCCAGUAUUUCCCUGUUUCCAAGAUAAUUACCUUGGCCUUGCCCACAUUACCUUCAUAUCGCUGAGCUAGACUGUAAAGAGCCAAACUAACUACUAAAACUAACUACAUUGUAUAAGUAGUACGUGUUUAUAAAAGAGACACUCUGUGUUUUGGGUUGGAGCCUUUUUAUUCUCCCCAGUGUGUGUUUUUUUUUUUUCAGAUUUCCUCCUUGUUCACUUGUCUUUCAAAAGUUUGAGAUAGUUUGAGCUAUCUUACAAGCACACACAGUUCCUGAGCGUGAAGUAUGAAUCAUAUUCUGCCUUCACAGUUCUCACAGAUACUGGCCUCCUGCAUCAGUGAGAAAAAGUGAGUCACAUUAAAAAAAAAAAAAAAAAAAACAACAACGUAUGCCUGGGAGCAAUUUAAGAGAUGAAAACUGAAGCAAAGUCAAUCAAGGGAUAACAUUGCUAUCCUUUAAUUUCAUUUUGAUUUGAACAAAAUUGAUGUUCUUUUUUUACAUGUUCACCUCUCAGUCUUUUACUAAUAAACUGUUUCCUCUA